AUGGAUGAGCAUAGACUUAGCGAAGCCGAAACUCAACCUCAAGAAAAUACACGGUCUGCUGUCCGCGAGAGAAGACCGAAUUCAACAAUUGACCAACAAGAAGUACUCCAAGAGAAAUUAAAUACGCUUGAACAUUCUCGUCGGGGCUACCUAGGAUCGCUUACCCGAAUUUACAAUCAAAUCGAUGAGUUGUUAAGCAGUUAUGAUAAUGUAGCUCAAGUAAAAGAAUUCCAUUCAAAGUUACGGUUGGCUUGGCAUCAAUAUGAAGCGUGUUGUGUCCAUUAUUUAACGUUAAUUGACAAGAAAGGCGAGUUAUAUAAACGCGUCAGUGCGCAGUAUGAGGAACAAACGUUCAGAAAACAAACUUACGAUGUUGCUGUAGACCAAUAUGUGACUGAUUCUCUUGUUCAUUUUAAUGCUCAAGUUAUGGAAGAUGUAGCGCGACAAAAAACGAGCUCUGUCGGAUCUGACAUUUCGAGAAUUAGUAGCGCAACGUCCAAACUUCGCGAAGCAAAGCUGGCAGCGACGAAAGCGUCAUUGAUCGAAAGACAAACUGAAAGUAGAAAGAAAAGAGCUCUUCAACUUGAAUUGGCGAAAAUGGACAUGGAGAUUAAACGUAAGGAAUUUGAAUAUAAUCAACGUCUUGAGCUUGCGCAUAUUGAGAUGGAAAAUGAAGUCGUAGCCGCACGAGAUAACACAGAGCUGGCAGAACUUGAAGCUCGAAUAGCAGAACAAGAAGUUUCCGAGUUAACGAAGCACAAGGAGAAAGACAAGGAGAGCAACCGUACAUGUUCUUCCCCAUUAAUAUCCUCAUCUUCGAAUUCAUACCAGGAACGCAAUUCAGCCCAUCCAGCUACAGCUGAUCAUAUUCCUCCCAUUGGACAAUCAAACGUACCAAAGGAAACGUCGCCAUUAAAAGAUAACCCAAACGCUAAUCGUGCGACAAGUAUCCUUCAUGAAGGUAUCAAACAAACCCACCAAUUUCCCACAGAUGCCCCUGGUUAUCCUGAACCAUUGCGUUACCUCCCACCAGCUACAAAAUCCCAGCGUCAGUCAGCAAGUCCAACUCAAGCAAAAAAUAGAAGUGACGUGAACAGAAGAUUUUGGAAUCAAGAUGAUGUUACUGUUCCUCAACCUACUGGUUCCACCCCCUUCGUUCAAGAUUCACUCCUCAGUUCUCUGGUAACAACAAUCGAAAAGAUUGGUAUUUCUCACGAUUUUCCUACAAUUCAAAUAAUGAAAUUUGAUGGUUCUCCACAGAACUUUCCAGUAUUUCGGCAAAGAUUUGAGCAGUUGGUCCAGUCGAAGCCGCUUGACGAAUCGACGAAAAUGUCACGUUUGUUACAACUUCUCGAUGGUGCGCCGUUAAACGCUGUAAAGAGAUACGAGACGAUUCCUGGUGGUUUGACGCAGGCGAUGAAACUGCUCGAGGAUCGAUUUGGUAGACCAUGUCAAAUAGUACGUGCAUGUGUAGACUCUCUGACCAAAGGACCAAUGAUCGCACCUAACGACAAGCAAGGUUUGCGGAAAUACGCUGAUGACGCGCAAGUGAUGUAUGAUACUCUAAAUUCAAUGAAUUGUCUCGGUGAGAUGAAUGCUGAUAACCUCGAGAAGAUGAUCCUCAGAUUACCAAAGUGGGCGCAAGGCAAAUUUGCAGAAUAUUUGAAGAAAAUCGAGCGAGGCGGUUCAACGAUGCCGACAUUUCAUAACAUAGUUGACUUCCUGAAAGAUCGCGCAGAUGUUGCAAAUCACCCUUUCUUCAGUAAAACAUCGGAAAGUAAUCGAGAUGAGAAAGUUUUCGGAGGUGGUCAAAGACGCAGUAGUGAAAGACGAACUAUCCUUACAACUCGAAGUAAUAAUCGUGAUGAUGUUUCAAAGGAACAAUUGUGUCCAAUGUGCAACAAUCUUCACCCGUUGUAUCGUUGCGAAGUUUUCAAGUCGAAGUCUCCAGAAGAGCGAGGCGAGUUUGUUAAGCGCAAUAGAAUCUGCUUCAAUUGUAUUACCUCAAAGGAGCAUAUCUCACGAACAUGCAACUCUUCCAUCCGUUGCAGAAGUCCUGGAUGCGGUAAACCUCACCAUACACUGUUACACAUGAGUUCCCCUCCUAAAGAGAAGAAGACGAAAUCCGAUGUUGGAACAAUGACAUUAUCUAUUGAUGAGUUUAAAUCAACCAAUAAUUUAACUUCCAAACAAAGAAAUGAAGUCUUGCUUCAAGUAAUUCCUUUACGAAUCAUCAACGAAGAUGGCAACCAGGUGGCGACAUAUGGUCUUAUUGAUUCAGGUUCUGAUGUGACAAUGAUUGAUCCCUCUCUGGUUGAACGAUUGAGAAUCAAAGGUUCCUCCGGUAGGAUUUCCCUUUCCACUGUUAAUACUAAAGAUGUUGAAGAAACUGGUCUUAAAGUAGAUUUUACGAUAGCUCCCAUUGAUGACGACAACGACCUAGGAAUCAAUGUCAAUGAUGCCUGGGCGAUCAAGGACUUAAACAUCCCGCUCAAGCCAUAUUCUGUCGUGCGUCGAAGCGUUAACCAAUGGCCUCACUUGAACGAUCUCAAAUUUCCCGAAGUAGAAAGACAGAAGAUAUCUGUCUUGAUUGGCACUAACAUCCCGGAAGCGUUCAUUCCACUUGAAGUUAAGGAAGGAAUGCCGUGCGAGCCUCUAGCAAUAAAGUCGUGUCUUGGGUGGAGUGUCCAAUGUCCGUUGAAGACCAAUAUGCCCAAAGAGUUAUCGAAAGUACGAUUUCGAAAGUAG